AUGGAACCCUACUUUCGCCCUGCGGCCGCGGCCGCGGCCGAUCUUGCGCUGAGCUGGCACCCCGUGUCGCAAGAGUCUCUCACAGAGCCCCAGGUCUCGGCCGCCACCAUCAGGACCUACUGCAUUGAUCCGAGCAUCCCCCGGCGGCCUCGGGCCAAAGACGUCCAGCUCGAGGUGACGGCUGGCGGCGCGUUUUUCACGGUCCACGAGUACGUCUCUGUUGCGGUCCUGUGGCUCAUGGGCAUGCGCGAGACGCUCCUGGACGUCCUGGGCAAGAACGAGGGCAACCCCUCCGCGGCCGUCCUACACGAAGCUGGCCGUUCUGUGCCUUGGCCCCAAGGUCAUUGCGUAUUGGCGAUGAGGAUAAGUGGGCUGGCUGGCGCAAAAGGCCCAGCUCAAAGCUGGCGGUUAACACGAGGAAGGCCGCGAACGAGGAGUACACGAGGGGAGUCAUGUAGAGAAUGA